AUGGCAGCUUCACGGCUCAUUCGUUUGGUUUUUCUGACUGUUAAUGUUCUGAUGGCAGUGGUACUGGUGAUAUCCAACUCGGACUUCUGUGCCAGCGUUUUUGAAACUCAAACAGGUAAAUUAACUCCUGCGGCUUUGUAAAACGGUUUUCUAAAACGUUUUCUAAGAUGCAAACAAACUACCGUUUUUUUUUUUGGUUUUUUUUUUCAAAGUUUAGUUUUCAGUAGACUCUUUUAUUACACGUUUUAAAUGGUCAUUUUGAUAAAUCUGAGAUGACAAACUUGGGCAUUUUAAAAGAAUUAGUUUCCUCUUAUCGACUUUAUCUGAUGUUAAAAUUGCUUACAACUUUUAUCACUUUUUUUGCUUCUGACGAUUCGCGCUUGUAUCAAAUCGCAAUUUUGCAAGCGAGUAUAUCUCUUUAUCGUAAAAGAUUAUAAAACUGUUCAGCUAAAAAAAUGAAUUAAUGUAUGUCCUAGCUUUAUGUUAAACUCCACUGUAUUUUGCUUAUUCCCCUGUUUUAUAUUACUUCAUGUUUCAGACCAUGUUUUAGUUGGUCAUGUCAUGAGUACAUCAACUGUUGCUGACGAGUUUGAAUGUCACCAAAAAUGUCUCAGAAAUAACAGCUGCAAGUCGUUUAAUGUUCAUCCUGGUGUAGAUAUUGCAAAACGACUUUGUGAGCUCAACAACAAAACACGGAAGAUGAAGCCGGACGAUUUCAUUAGGAAGAAAGGAUCUUCUUAUUAUGGACAAGUUAAGGUCAGAUCCACUGUUUGAACAUAAACUAUCGCUUUUUUAUAAAACUGUUAUUUAAAAAAACUCUAAACUCUAAACAACUAAUUAGGGACCUUAAGAUGAGACGACGGCGACGGCAACGAGAAUGUCAUAAAAGCAAUAGGUUUUUAAAACAAGCAAGUUAUUAAAAUAAGAAAAACAACAAGAAAAAAACAACUUUCCUCGUGCAUAACACUUUUUUGUACAUUUCUUUACGUUUUGCACGACAAUGACGUUAAAAUGCCUAAUUUCAUGUUUUAUAGAGGAUGUCAUUAAAACAUUCAAGCAACGACGAGAUUUUCUCUCUCUUUCUUACCUUGGGUAAGGUUCUUAGGAAUUCAACUCCAGGAGAGUUCGUGUACAUUCGACAAAGUAAGCGUGAUGGAACAAUCGCGAUGACGAUGGAAAACCGCGAAAACAUUUUUAAGCGACGUUUUACCUGCUGUCGCCGUCCUCGCAUCUUAGGGUCCCUAUUAAAACAUUUGUUUACCACGGUCACCCUGUUCGGUUUUUUCGGAAUUUUAACAGGUAAGUAUUUAAUUUCUUAGACUUUUCGGCACAAAUUCUACGGAGUUUUGAGAUCAGCUUCUUACGAAUUGCUUCAUGUUAUGCGAAUUCAAGUGGUUAUCUUUGCAGAACUCUAAUAUCGUAAAUAGUACUUUUGGCGACAUUUUCUUUUAAAUAAUGUUUUUGACACCGGUUUGCCUGUGUCUUAGUAACGUAUAUGUUUUUACCCACACGAAAAAUAUCGCGUAUGGCAGGGUACAAGAAGAAGGUAUAUCAAUAUAUUUAACAAUCAUCAUGAGUAUCAUCUAAAAAAUUAUGGAGAUCGAGGAGGGUGUUAUCUGCCUCGACCAAUCAGAAACAGAGAAAUAUUUUGAAUGAAUAAUAAUUAUUUAUAUUACUUCUAAAGCAAACAAAAGUGGUAAUAACUAAAGCACAUAAUGACGUCAUCUAUAGUUGUUAUCUAUUGUUUGAUGUUUCUCAUUUCAAUUCCUUAUUUCCUUCUCAGGUUUCCUGCGAAGAUCUGCCCACCAACAAGAAGAAACAAACUGGUCAUUGUCAUCCGGACUACACAGGAAAAAGAUGUGAAAUUCGUGAGUAACGCUCGUCUAUUUUUAAAUUUGAUUUUACUAUUGCCUCACGGAGGAGCAAAUAUUUACCAUAUAUAGUCUGUUUUAUUAUCUGCUGCAGCAAAGCGAGGCUGGAAUUCCAAGCUGCCUGCUUAUUCCUGUAAGAGCAUCCGGGACUCUGGUGGCUCUAAAGGAGACGGAGGUACUGGAUCGACCCUGAGAACAGUGGAAACCCGUUGA